AUGGCCAUUCUUUCAAUCUCAUCCGUGGUUGUAGCAGCUACCUUGAUUAUUAUCACCACUGCCUUUCUUCGACUUCUUUAUGUGAUCUCGCCGGACUCUCGACGCCCUCCGAUCAAAAAGAAAGAUGAGCCUUCUCAUAUCGUGGUAGUUCUUGGUUCUGGCGGUCAUACGGCAGAGAUGAUAUCUCUUCUUCGCGAUACAAAUGUCGCAAGAUACAAACACAGAACAUACAUCGUAUCUGCGGGAGAUGACUUUUCUUCUACCAAGGCGCAUGAUUGUGAGGAGCGUAUACAGUCGAAACUUCGACCUUCUUUACCGUGUACCAAAUCUGGCGAGUUUGAUUCUACCACGGGCAUCUGGGAUCUCAUAGUAGUUCCACGAGCGAGGGAGAUACAUCAACGACUUUAUACUGCGCCCAUUUCAUCCUUCUGGUGUAUGCUAGGAUGUCUCAAAGCACUGUACACAAUUUCGACGACCAGUACGAUACACCAGCAAUAUCCUGAUCUUUUUACUAAAAUUUCUCGGGCUGGCCCCAAUAUGGAAGAUGCAAACGAUCUAUGUGGAAAGUUGGGCGAGGGUGAAGACAUUAAGUCUAAGUGGAAAGAUUUUAUUAUGGCUGGGGAUUUAUGA